CUCAUGAACAAGAGUUGACGAAGAGGCACGAGAGGGAGCUCGCCGAAAUGAGCGCCGUCCACAGCAGAGAGACGCAGAACAUGCUGUCAGACUUCAACAAAGCCCAGGAAGUGCUCAAAGACAAGAUCUCCGCCCUUCAGAUACUGCUGGAGGGUACAGAGGAAAAGUUCAGGAACAGGGAGAGUCGUCCUGAAGAUCUGCAGCUCAUCGCCGAGCUUAAGGACAUGGUGUCUGAGAGAGAAUCUCUAGUCAAGAAACUGGUGGACGAUAAGAAGUUCUACCAGCUGGAACUCGUCAACAGGGAGACCAACUUCAACAAAGUGUUCAACGCCAGUCCUAACGUAGGAGUUAUCAACCCGCUCAUUAAGCAAAAGAAAAAGAAUGAGAAAACAGCAGCCAGCAGAUUCAGCAGCUCUCCUAGUGUCAGGGCUCUGGAGGCAGCAGGUAUGGGCGUGGGUGUGGCGGGUUCAGGAAGUGGGCAGCCCCCACAGCCCCCACCCCCGCCCCCAGCCCAGCCAAGCCGCCUAGAGCCCAUCCCCAACUCCCCCCUUCACCAUCUUGAACUCAACUCCAACAAACCUCUUCCCCUGCCGACCCCUCCCACCGAACCCAAGAAAUUCAUGAGCCCUCCUGAAACGAAGGACUCCGCCAUCGACUCCCCGGACGCCCAGCGCCAGGAGUGGUUCGCUCAAUACUUCUCCUUUUGAUUGACCACAAACCUGCAAACACAAGGAUUCAGCAUGUCAACCAAACUUAAAAAAAUGAAGAAAAAACACAGAAAAAAGAGAAAAAAUUGUUAAAACUAUUUGUUCUUUAUUGUCAUUGAUCGGUUCGGGGAUCAGUUCACUUUGAGUUCGGCCAACUGAGACUGUAAUUAUUGGUUUGAGAAUUAAUUCUCACAGAGAACUCGAUGUCAUUCACUUUGGUUAAAAAAUAAAUAAAUUUCAAAAAUGUAAUGAUUAUCCACUUCCUGUUGUUGACUGAGGUGAAACUGAAUUGAAUCCGAACCCUGACCGUCAAAUGUCAUCACUCUGAUCUGAUUUGAUUGUUUGAUUAUCUCUGAUUGUUUCACUGUGGACGAGUUUCUCUCUUAGUACAGUGACAAUGAUCAUCAGUAUGUUUGAUGUUAAUUUUAUUUAUUUACUUCCUAACUUAUUUUGCAGUUUCUCAGAACUAGAAAAAAAUGAGUGGUGCAUUAUCAUGCUGCUAAUUGCCAUUGUUGGACUACAGUAAGAAAUAUAUAUAUAAAGAAAUAUACGGUAGGUUAUUGUGCUCUCUCUGUACGUGGGCCCACUGCAUACAGCAUCUUAGACUAGGAGCGCUGAUCUAAGACCAGUUUGCCUCCUCAUUUAUGGUGACAUUUACAUGGACCUGAUCCUAGAUCAGUUACACUGCUCUGAUAUGCUCCAUGAAUACAGGCUCUGAUUUUAGGACGGCACCAUCAUGGCAAGUUUGUUACAGCUGCAUAGAAGUUUCAGCAGAUUUUGGUAGAAUAUUAAAACCUGUUUGUAUGGUUGUCUGUCUCAACACAGAUAUAAUGAUGUCUCACCAAUUUUAAAAACAAAAAUAGCAUAUUUUAUAUUUAUAUUAUAAUGU